UGUGAAAUGCGUGAGGAAGUGGUGGUGGUGUGUUAAAGUGUGUUGUCAACCUGCAGCAGCAGAACCAGCAUCUGAUUCACCGGCAACAAGACGCAGAACAAAGGAGAACCUCGGAGAACCUCGGAGAACCUCGGAGCCGGACUUGAUCCUCUCACCGUAAAUAAGCAGACAUGAUGGAGAAGUCCAGCAGCCAGUACGACUCCUUCCUGUUCUGGAGGCAGCCUAUCCCGGCCCUGGACCUGUCCGAGCUGGAGGACCUGGGCUGGACCGAGGUCCAGUCCACCAAUAGCAGCAAAGUAAAAGACGAGAUGUCCCAGCUGUGGAGUCAUGACGACCAGGCUGAAAUGUCUGAGUUUUCCUCCUUUAACUACUGGAGAGCUCCCAUUGCUGAUGUGGACGCUCUGCUGGCCGACCUCAACCUGCUGCUCUGAACACACCUGGUCACACCUGACCCCAGAUCAUCCACCUGUGACCCCGGAUCAUCCACCUGUGACCCCGGAUCAUCCACCUGACCCCAGAUCAUCCACCUGUGACCCCGGAUCAUCCACCUGACCCCAGAUCAUCCACCUGUGACCCCGGAUCAUCCACCUGACCCUGACUGACCUGGAUCUGUCCCUGAUGUGACACUAGAACCAGAGCGCGUGGAUCUGGUUUCCUAAAUGUUGGUUAUUAAUGUGACGCUGCUCUUAACUCAGAUCUCUGAGUUUACACUGGAUCAAUGAAACCAGAUUCUGAUCAGACUCAACUCCUAAUGUGGACAAAAUAAUAUGAACAGCACUGAGCAGUUUAUAUAUUAGAUGCAUGAAUUCCAGCGAGGCCUCGUCUCCUCCAGGUCUCUGACGUCUCCACUCAUUCAUCUGUGCCUUUUACUUUAUUCUCAUUCUGUCCGUUUAUUUAUUUAUUUAUUCCUCCUGCACCUAUGAUUCAAUAAACUGAGUUUAUCCAUCA